AUGACUUCAACAAAAGAAAUUAUAUGAUUACAAUAGAAAAUGGGCAUUUGAAGGGUGUCAAGGACACAUGCGCAGAACAGCUGAACACGUGCGGUUGGGCACGGGAUGCUUCCAUUCAUAUGGUUGAAAACACAUUUUGACGUUUCAUAGGGAUUCUCCAGAAACCAUGAUUCCGGAACAACAUACUGAAAUGGUUUGUUUACAGAUAAAUACCGAAGAAGAUGGCACGUAAUAAGAAAAUUCGGCGGAGCGUUGGAUUACGCAAGACACCCAGAAAAUCAGUUGGGCGAGUCUCCAAGGGCAAAAAACCUAGACUACCGGAGUACAAAAAAGUUAACCGUCAUAAGGACACAUCACGCGAGCAGUUUAUGGUCAAACGACAAAAACGGUUACGCAGAGCUCUCAUGAACGAGCAGCGAGAAAAGGAAAACAAUCAUCGGUCACCGCAACGGCCAAAGAUUCUGCAUCCUCCGAAUCCCCCGCCAUCCGGUGGACCAUCAGGCUCUUCGUUGUCUGCGCGGAGAUCUGCACGCCAUAAACGAGCUGGAAGCUUGAAGAAACAAACAAUUACCGAUACCGAUACUAUAGUGAUCGAUUCGGAAGAUGACAGCCGUACACAAUCGCCCGUGCCGCUAUUCUACGUUGAUACCAAGGGAGGAUUCAACGAUAGGGAAGUUCCUAAGUAUUGUGUGAAUGAGGAAGAUGAUGGUCAGAGUGUUUCACUGCUUGAAAGUGUGCUGGAAGACGGUGAGAUCAGGGAUGAUUCCUGUGUGCUCAGUCUUCUGAAUGAAAGAAUCAAUGAAGAAGAAAUACCCAUCUCCGACGACGACGACGACGAUGACGACGACGACGACGAUGAUGAUGACGAUGAUGACCUCAUCCACGGUAACAAGGUUCAGAAGCCCAAACAGAUUGAUCCCGGAGAUAGUUCGGUUAUUUUCUGUUCCGAGGUGAUUGAUCUGGAUCGAGAAGAUGACCGAAAGGAACCGGCGUUGGAUUUUAUUCCGAUUGGGUUUGAUGUUGGAGGCUGGGAACGUCAGAGACGACCGCAGAAGAAAGAAGGUCAAAAACCAGCCAAAGAGAAUAAACCGAGUUCGAAGUCAACCGGAACAAACAAAGCUGGCGUCAAACGAAUGGUUAUCAUCGAUGGAAACAAUGUAGCGUUUGCGCAUACUUGUGGGCAGGCGUUCUCUGUUAAGGGUUUGGAAAUUUGCAUCCGAUAUUUCAAGAAACUGGGCCACGAAGUGAGCGCAGUUGUGCCACAGUUCAGACUGAAAAAAGAUAAAAGCACCGAUCAGAAGUUGCUGGAGGAGUUGUACAAAAACGGGGAUGUCCUGCUAGCACCGAGCAAGAAUCUUCCCGGUCAACGGUCCUCGUCGUAUGACGACCGACUAAUUAUUUCGGUGGCGGAGAAAUUCGAUGGCGUUAUCAUUUCCAACGAUAACUUCCGGGACCUGCUGACUGAGAAUGAUUCCUGGAAAAAGAUUAUCGAGACACGGGUAGUCGGGUACACGUGGGCGAAGGAUGCCUUUUUCUUACCGGAUGACCCGUACGGCCGUCACGGUCCUAAACUGAAGGAUUUAUUGGAGCAAGCAGCCACGACAAAAUGAUUUUGAGUUGUUUUUUUUUCUUCUAAAAAUUACGUUUUAUUUACAACAAAAAUACAAAAAAUAAAAUGAAAUCGAAAAGCUUA